AUGGUGAAGACUAAUUCGGAUGGUGAACAGAUGCCUGCGAGAAGAAGGGUUUGGAGUCCUGCAGAAGACCAGAAGUUGAAAGCUUAUAUUAAGCGAUAUGGCAUUUGGAAUUGGUGUCGGAUGCCAGAAGCUGCCGGUUUGGCACGAUCUGGGAAAAGUUGCAGGCUCCGUUGGAUGAAUUACCUCAGGCCUGACAUUAAGCGAGGAAACUUCAGCCAGGAAGAAGACGAAACUAUACUCAAAUGGCAUGAACUGCUGGGAAACCGAUGGUCUGCAAUUGCUGCAAAGCUUCCUGGAAGAACUGACAACGAAAUAAAAAAUUACUGGCACGCGCACUUGAAAAUGCCCAGUAAGAUCAACACUUCGUCGUCAACGACUUUAUCAGAAAUGGUGAAAUCAUCCAAGGUUGAAGUUAACAAGAAUGAUUCUUCUGGGAUUCAAGAUCUCCUACUUUGCGAUGCCCCAAUUUUGCCAAACAUGGAUGUCACUAAAGGUAUACCGAUGUCAAUACAAAUGCCCAUUAAUGAUAUCUCUUCUUCACGCACUGAUCCAGCCGUUGAAAUUGUCCAACAUAUAGAGGAGAAUUUCAGUGCAUCUGAAACAUCUGAUCAAAAUGUCUUAAGUAUACGGGAGCACCCAUUUUCGUUUCAGGACAUGCGCAUAUUGGAAACAGUCCCUGAAUUUAUGGUUCCAACUACUGCGAUGUGGCUCCAAGAGCCCGUGUAUCCAUAUGUUUACCCUGAUACUGGCUACGAUUUAUGGAUCGAUUGA